CACUUUCAAGAAAGCUUCUGCUGCUUCACAGUAAAGUCGCAGAUCAGGCAUUUCAUGGAAGAAGGGCGCAAUGCGCAUUACUCGGUUCAAAAUCAGCUCAAAAUCAGGAAGGUCUUCAUAUCUAUCCAUGUCGAUUGCAGGGAAGCUUUCGAAAUCCAUGGAAGUGCUCUGAUGAGCUAGAGAGCGAGUCCCAUUGAUCUUUCUUUCUUCAGUUCGCCGUGAGCAGCCAUGGCGCAAACUGAUUUGGCACAGAACGACACGUCCAAAAGCAGCAGGACAUCCAUGAUUCGCUCUUCCUCUCAUUCAGAUCUUGCAAGCGCCCCGGCUGCUGAUGCCAAAACGCCUUUCCAUGGGUCAAACGCAAUGACUGUGCCAGGUGCUCUGAGCAGCGCUCCGGAGCUGAACUCCUUGGAAAGUCUCGCCAUGUCUUGGCCACCUCCAGGGGGUUUGGUGGGGUUUCCUUCUGGACAGCAGGAGAAGGAUGCAACUAGGGUGGGGUGCUUUAUCCCUGAUCCGGAGGGAGACGAUUACGGCAGGCGGCUGAAGUCACGGAUGGCAGUGCAGCGACUGGCGCCGACAGCUAGCCCCAAAGCUCGAGAAUGCGCGUUGCUCCUGCGCAGCACCUCCACUCUUUCUGUCGUACCAAACAGCGCCCUCACUGUGGCUCCUGCUCCCCCUGGUGCCGAGUCUUCCUCCAGCGGACCAGCCGCGAAGUCUGAGCAAGAAAAUGCACUUCCUCUUCACCCCGCCUCUCUUGCGAUACGUGAUGGCUCGAGUUCGGAUCCUGAGCGGAGGAUGAAUGGUGCAUCAGCAAGUACGAGCGGCAGUACUGGUGCAGUACUUGGGGCCAACACUGUGAAUGAGGCAAAGCCGGUCGCGGUUCUCAAUGGGGGCCCCGGUUCGGCAGCAGCAGAAGUCCCCCCCUCCAGCGGAAGUGGCGUCGCAGAAGCACAGCCGUUGGACCCUGUACAUACACAAGGAGUUCCGACGUCUUUCUUUCCACCAACCAGUACGCCUCAAGGUCCCCCUCUUUAUGCGUCAUCACAUACUGGUAGCAGCACAACCACUGAAAUAAGACGCAUCCCUCCUAAAGCGCCAGCAAGCCGCCCGCCGUCAAAGCCCACUGCUGAUGUCAGCACUUCAGGAUCUGACCCCCCCCUCACAGCCUUCCGCGGCCCCCCUGGCUUUCCGGGCCGAGACCGCACCGCAGUUUCCGCCCCAGGCGCACUACCCCUCCCCCCAGACGAGUAUGGCGACCCCCCCCCCCAACCGAAACUUACAGAAACCCAAAGAAACUACCGACAGGAUUUGAUACGGGCCAUUCUCACCAACACGGGUGACAGGAGCCGCCUGCACCUGAGCAGCAGUGCGAAUGAGCUCCAGGAGGGGGCAUCGUCGGAGGGAGAUCUAGCGUCCCAGGGGGGUACGAGCGAGGGCGAAUUUGGGGAGGGGGAUGGGAACGACAGCGAAGGGGGGGCGGAUGUGUUGCGGAGAAGCAAUAGCUUGCCACAAGUGUACAGAGAGCGGUAUCUGGUGCCAAAUGACGAAGAAUUGGAGUAUGAGCGGGAGGAAGCGGGGAUUGGGAAGAACUCGCCACGUCCAUCGACCGUAUCCCGAACCCUGUCGAAGUCGAACGGCGUAUCUUCAAAGGCGCUCCCCCACAAGCGGCCGCGCCUGAUCCUCCACCUCGACAUCAACAAAACGAUCAUGAUCAAAGACACGGCGCAGGACGCGGGGAGCGACUCCAUGGUCAACGUGCUGCUGUCGGAGUGCGCGUGGGGGCGCCUUUUGCCGGGGCCAUGCUGGAUCCCGGUGGGUCGUCUCGCAACAGACAAGCCGGCGAACGACCCGGAGCUGAUGACGUAUCGGUCGUACCUCGACACCUUCUACCUGCCGUUGCAGCGAGGAUUUGGUCCGGAAAUCGACCGCGCAAACGAGGACAUCAAGCAUCGGCGGCAAGCGCUCAAGCGGUGCUUCACAGCGCCCGGGGAGCCAGGGGCUAUGUUCCGGGGGGUGUACGAUAAGCUUUUGGAGGAGCUGCAAGUGGCGGAACCGAAGCAGGCGGAGAUGCGCGCGUGUGGGCUGGGCGACGGCAAGGAGCUGGUCCUGCUGCCGUCCUUCUUCGAGCUGCUGAAACAUCUGAAGAACUUGGGCCGCGACUUCGCAAUCGUGUUCCGGACAUUCGGGAGUGACGUCAUGGACGUCAGCCGGGAGCUGAAUCUGUUCUGCGAGGGGCGCCAUCCGUUCCACCCGGACGUGCAAAUGAACGGCCAGGAUGGGCCCACGGACCUGCGGCUGAGAUCGCUCGAGCAGUACGGAUGCUUUUACCGGCAAGGGUUUGGCUCGGAAGGCACGAUGCUGGCGUUUUCACCUCCGGAGGAAGCGCUGCGGAAGCACAUUGCGCGCCUGGACGAACUGGAGAAGUGCGGGGAGUGCCACUGGUCGUUCCGGGACAUCUACAGGGCGAUGAUCGCACGGUGUUUAGAGGGAGGCAACAUUGCGCUGGCGUUCAGGGACUACUAUCCGUGGUGGAAGGCGCAUCAAGAACGGGCACGGACGGGAAAGUUGCUUCUUGUCGACCGAGAAGAUUUUCACACCCGCCAGGUGUUCUUCGAUGACAACAUCGGGACAGGGUCGCCACACAUUGUGGAUGUUAGGGACGUCUCGACGGGGGAGCCCAUUCCGUUCACGGAGUCAAACGGAAAGUAUCUCGUGAAAGUGGAGCCAUUGAAUGCGAUCCUGGAUCGGCAGUACUUCAUCCGGGCGGUUCACCGUUGCGAGGAGUCUAUAGAAGGCGCACGGGACUGGCGGGGCUUCCGAAACUCCCCCCGGUUGAAGAACUCCAAAUGGGACAUCGCUCGGCGGAAGCUGCUGUCAAUCAUUCGGCUCGGGUCUGGGCAGAUCUAGCAUGCGCCUGCGAAGGAAGCAACCUAGUGCAGACGCUCGACGACCUUAUUAGUCGGCCCGUUACACUGAGGCCCUGAUGCGCAAUAUGCAGAUGGUCGGACAUGAACGCGCGAAGGAAGGUUUGGCGUUGCCAACGGUCAUGUUGUUCGUGAUUGUACAUUUCUCUCUUCUUAACUAUGGCAGAACCGGUGGUUGAGGGCUGACCAUGCAUCACGACCUGCAUAAGAG